AUGUCUGUGAACCCUCCCGGUCCCUCCCAGUUCCAGGAAUCUGCUGAUGUCAGAGAGCCCCAGCGAGACCUGCUGCGAACCAAAUUCUUCCCGGGCCGUUUCCCUUUUCCUUUCUCUGUCGGAAGGCGGGGCUGCAGGCUCCGAGCCACCCCCGGGGCCGCGCACCCGGGGCCCCCGACCCUGCCCGGCGCCGAUGCCGAGACCCGCGGAUCCGCCGCUGCACCCGGUGCCGGGAGCGCCAUCGGUCCCGACCACGCACCCAUGGGGAUCCCGGGCAGCGGCGCCCGGUGUCGCACGGCGUCCCGCGAAGGUCUAUUCUCAAAUAUCUGGUUAUGGCGAGGUGUUGCUGGAGUCCUUACUGCUGCUGUCAUUUUGGUUUUGUGUAUUCAGUUUGUAAACCAUUCUUCGGCCAAAGAUUUUCCUGUCUGUCCUUCCUUGGAACUCUGUCCAUCAGGUUGGCUGUAUUUCCAGAGGAAGUGCUACUACCUCUCAGAGACUGAGGCCAGCUGGAACUCCAGUCAGAGCCUCUGCUCUCUGCACAACGCCUCCCUCUUGGUGAUUGAAAAUCAUCACGAACUGAAUUUUAUGUUGAAGAUAACAAAGCAAGACCCGUGGAUUGGACUCUAUAAAAGAGAUGAAGAGUUCUUUUGGGUAAAUGGGAACGCAUUAGACAAUAAACUGACUGAAGUAAAAGGCUCUGGAAACUGUGCUUAUCUUGAGUCAACAGGAGUCUCAGCCUCUGGAUGUUAUUUAACCAGAAAGUGGGUCUGUAGCUUGAAUACUAGUUGGCACAAUAAAAGUGGAUGGAGCCACCACCCCUGACACUUAGGACUCUGAUAUCUACAGAUGUCUAGAGUUCUGAUGUCUACACAAGCUGUGUCUAUACUGUGGGACCUGGGAGCGCAUCUGAGUUCCUGCCUGGAGAUGAAUGACUUCUCUGGUAGCCAGAAUUCUCCACCCAUGGAACAAGGCUGUUUUUCAACGAUACCAUUUUUGCUUCAGCAGCUUGCCAAGUCAUUUCCUUUUCCCAUUUUUCUAGCUGCUGCUCAGCCUGUAGUUUCUUUCUGUUGUGCCAUCAGUAUUUCUUCCAUUAACUCUUCUCUUGUAGGAUCCUAAGCAGCUGCUAUUUCUUGGGGGUUUUGGUGUGCAGUUCUGCUUUUGUUCUGCUUUUCCAUUAGGGAAGCUCUGUGUGCAGUCAUGGGUUGUGAAGUAGGUCUGUCUGAAGGUCUACCAGUGCCUCUGAGAUACUGGGUAAUGAAGAAAUAAGCACUGUUGUUUUAGACAGGAUCAUUGCAGAUUUCACUCUCCGGGUUUGAUGUGGUACAUCUUGUCUGCCUUUGCAUUGUAUUCAGCAUUUUGUUAGUGUUGUUUUACAUUGAUCUUGUUAAAUUAGCUUGACAGUAUUAUCACUGGAUUUUUUAUGUAGCUGCACUGCACCUGAAAUUCUUCUUCACACAAGCACUUAUCUCAGCAAAAAAAAAAAAAAAAAUGAGAAUAGAUAGAGGAUUUAUUUACCUGAGCAUAUACACUGAUGGGGGAAAAAAGAAUUUGAACAGAAAAAAAGUAAUAGUGAAGCUGCAAGCAUGAAUUUUGUAAAGUUGGAAAUA